AUGUAUUCGGCGAAACGAUGGCCAAACGGACGCAUUCCAUACAUAAUGGAGAACAAGUUCUCGGCGGAAGAGCGGGCGGCCAUCGCUCGGGGAAUCAUGACUUUGCAGGACAGGACUUGCAUUCGGUUUGUGCCCAAAAAGGAAAGCGACAAAGACUACGUGUGGAUGAGGAGAGGGCCGGAAUGUGCGGCCCAUGUCGGUCGCAUUAGUGGCUGUUUUUGGGCAAAGGUUGCUAUAGCGUGGAGACUGUGGUACACGAACUCAUGCAUUCAGUAG